UAUAAAACUUCGUUAUUAAGUAAAUAUCUCGCAUUUUAUAUCGUGUCGCCGAUCAGUGAAGUCCGGUGUUCAGUGUAAAUGUUUGUAAACGGCGUAGAAAUUAUAAAUACGCGACUGGAAAACAUAAGCAUAGACAGCGGCGACGUGAGCGAGAUGGAUUCACAAUCGAAAAAUUCAACAAUAAACUCGAAAGGAAAGUUGCCAGUUUUGGAUAUUCCACCUUCGCCCAGUAUUCAGAUCAAAGACACGGAUCAAACUCCACAAAGGAUUGACAACCCUUGGCUCUUAAGGGUACAGAAUGAUAUACCUUCGACUCCACCUCCCAAAGUUGAGAAACCAGGUGGAUUUUUUCCACAAAGAAUCGGAUAAAACAUACAAUAAUAUAAUCUGUAAGGCUAUAUUGAAUUUUGGAAUGGAAGGAUUUCUGCCGCGUACAGAUUGAACUUUCAUUUGUAAUAUCAGGUGUAAUGGAAAGAAUAGUUUGUGCAAUGAAAUAUGUGUUGUGAAUUCCAUAUCCGUGUUAACUAUUGAAUGACUGGACGGAGGUAUAGCAAUGUAAAUGUGUAUUGAAACUCGUGGCUGUUACAACGAACUAUUAAAUAAUUUCGGAUUUAGUGCUUGACUAUUGUGAGUAGAUUAGCUUAAAUUUAUUAUGAUUCAUUAUAAUGUUAGUUAAAUAAAUAUUUGGUACAACAA